UGACUUUCUCAUUCCUUGUCGUGUAUAGGGUGAUAUCGUAUCUCAUUCUUUCAUUCUUCACUUGCAGUUUAGAAUGCAACUUGUCAAAUCUGUAUUUUCUGCGUGUUGAGAUCUGCAAAUGAUUUUGCUCCUAGUCGUAUAGUCAUGUUUCCCGUUGUAAAAUCAAUCGCUGGUUAUACCAUAUUGUAACAGAUUGUAUUACCUACCAAAAUAUCAGCCAUACAAGGAUGUAUAGUGUUUUCAAUGGGUGAAAAAUAUUCUUAGAUGCUGAUCCGUUUUGUUUUUACUGAGGUAAGUUAUUUGUGUUAUUAUAUCUCCCCUGUGUUAAAGGGUGUGUAUGUCAUUCUAUUCUGUUGUUUGUGUUCUCUUCCACCUCAGCGUUCACUACUUAAUGACGAAGUCUUCAUUUGACCCCGGAAAAAAUGAAGGCUCUUCUGUGUACCAACUCCAGAUUAUUAGUUAUUCUUCCUGCAAUUAUAUUCAUCAUGUCAUUAGUAUCUUCUAUGCUAUAUGAAGGUAGCGACAGGAAAUUUGUUCAUAUCCCGUACAGGCAAAGAUAUUGGAAGGAUGAAAGCCACAACGCUGAAACAUCACUGAGAUACUCCAAAUACCAUAUUGUCAAUCGCAGCGACGUCUAUUAUGUAAACGACAGAAUUAAAAUUCUGAUCGAGGAAUAUGAUUCUGAAGGGCGCCCUCGUCGUAAAGGUGGGGCAUUCUUCCGAGCUAAACUUGUUUCCAAGGACAUCAAGGCAUCGGCGAGGUCUGACGGGGAAGUAGUUGAUUUAGGAAACGGGCAAUAUCAGGCCGAGUUUGUCCUCAGGUGGCCUGGUAUUGUUACUGUAGCAGUCAUGAUGGUGGACAGUAACCCUGCCCUAAACAUUCUGGAGCGAAUGUGGCAAGAGUUCCCAAAUAGAGGGACAUACAUCGGCCAUUUUAAAGAUGGCACGAACUAUGAACAAACGAAUUGCAAUGUGGACCAUGUUACUACAUUGGAGAGAGAAUGCGACUACACGGACAAUGAGACAAACAUCCACUGGUAUUGUGAACGUCCCUCCAAUCCACAUUUGAACUGCACACACUGGUGGAAACAUAAUUCAAAUAACACCUUCAUCUUCUCGCAGCAAACACGCUUUAUACGACCUGGGGAAGAAAAGCAUUUUGUUGAUUACAAGAAGUAUUUGACAUGUAAAGACUGCAGUAUAACCGUCCGCGAGAAGAGAAAGUCGAAUGCAGAGGUGGACAAAUAUGGACGGCAUCCUUGGCAAGAACCAUGGCACACACUACCAAAGUGCCUCCCAGGACGUAUCAACAAGUUCGAGAACACGACUUCCGGUUAUCUUUACCGAGACAAAUGGUUUUCUACGAGGUGUCGAAACCGGGCUUUUAGCUCCCGAACCGCUGCCGCGUGUCUCAGAAACAAGACCGCGCUUAUUCUUGCUGAUUCCACUGGCAAGCAGCUGUAUGUAUAUUACGUGCAUCUUUUGAAAAUGAGAGAAUUAACCACGAUCAAUUGUAUGGGGCACGCAUACAGCGACUCGAUUAACUUCACCAUCUAUUACAAGUUCCACGGUCUUCCUUCGGGAGGGAUGAAUGGGGGACCGAGCAAAUGUCUCAGACAAAGCGUAGUUAAUGUGCUUGACCACCUAGCCUUUAUACCAGACGUUUUCAUGCUUUCAAUCACUGCUCACUUAACAAUGCACAACCAGGACUAUUUUAGAGAGAGGAUGAAGAUCAUACGACCCGCCGUGGAAAGACUACAUAGGCGAAACCCAAAUACAAGUUUUCUCAUUAAGAGCGCAAAUACGAGGGAAUUCAAGACUUUACAACAUGUCCUUGCCAAUAAUGAAUGGUACAUGUAUACAUUGGAUAGGAUAGUUCGAGAAUCUUUUGCUGAUUAUCCAAAGGUUGCAUUAAUAGAUGCCUGGGACAUCACUGUGGCCCAAUUUAAUCCAGAUAUCAUCCACCCAAAACCUUCUACAUUAGCUAAAAUUGCAGAUCUAACCUUAUCAUAUAUAUGUCCAAUUUAAAGGUCGAGUCCAACUAAACGAAAAAUGUAUGUGAAUAAAUGGGGAAAAAAUAAUUUAAACGAAUAUCAAAGUGGUAAGGAAAUAAGAGAGUUGACGCCGCAAUACAGUGCGUAUCAAAAAAAGUUUACACUUAGAAAAAAUCCUGUAAAAUUAUACAUUUGUGUUAUCCUGAAGAUUUUUCCACAUUUUAACAUUGGUACAGAUCCAUUUAAUCAAAUGACGAUAUAACUGUCGAAAAAUAUUUCCGCUUGAGUGAGCACCACUUACUUUUGAAAAGUUAGUGAAAAAUAAUUUGCGCAGAACUUGACACGUGACAGUUAGCUAGUAAAAUUGAUUUGAAGAUCUCUUUAACCUUUUUUUAACUUGUUUCCUUUCCCAAAACCCUUCGAAGAGUGCAUUGCGCCCCACUCCACUCCCCCACACAUCGAGGCCAUCGUGACGACAUUUGCUUUACACUGAGCUGUGAAUUACAUGAAAUAACUUAGGCUUGAUUUUCAUUGUGUUAAUCAUUUUCAAUCUUGGGAAAAGUGUGGAAAAACAUGUAUUAAAUGAAAAAUGAAAUGUAAACCCACUUUAAAUGAUAAAAACUUUAUAGUGAAAAAAAUGCUGGAGAUGUCUGAUACAAACUUUUGUUCAGAUUCAGUUAUGUCCUCAGAUCCAGCUGGCACAAAAAUUGUAAAGGUUGUGCUUACUAAGUGUUGAAAUGUGGAAAAUUGUUACAAAAUGGUUGAAUGUAUCCGUUUUAUUUCAAUUGACUGAAAGUGCAAGGGAAAUGUAUGAGAAAUGUUUCACAAUGUAAGUUUGAUUUCGCCCAUUCCCCUUGACACAGCGUGAAAACGAGCGUUUCUGCGCAAACAGAUUUCUGCGAGCUUUACAAAAAUGGACAGUGCUUACUCAAGUGUAACAUUCUGUCAAAACUUUUACUUUCAUUUGAUAGAUGAGACCCAAACCCAAGAUUAUAUGUCAAAAAAUUACCCACAUGUUGUAUAUUUUUUAAUUCCCAGAGCUUUUUCAAAGUGCAAACUUUUUUUUGAUACGCACUGUAUAUCAUCUUUUGUAGAUUUGACAAUAAAGAGACGUUUUAAUAAAAACACAAUUCCCAAUGUUAAAGGAGGAAUCAAAGUUUCACAUCAUACUGAGGAAAAUAAUAUAUCUCAUAUUUCCAAUAACAAACUAGGAAAAUGGGUGCGUCUAGGCACUGGUUAUGUCAAGUGCAGAUUGUUAAAUAAGUCCUCUUAAGAUGCAAGGAAACUUUCUUAUUACAAAUCAAUUAAAAACUAUAUUCUAACCAGGUAGGGUGAAACCAAACAGCUCGUCAGGGUCAUAACUAUAAAAUACAGCGCGUCCCCCAAAAAAUGUUCUCUGACAAAGGGCCGAAUUAAUUAAAAAAUGUGGUCGUAUUCUCAAUCGAAUGUACAAGAGGAGAAAGCUUAUUUCAUAACCUAAUUUCUAUGAAAAUUUAAUGGGUUUCGCUUCAGCGGUUUUGAAUACACGCCCUUAUACAUGUAAUACGUAGCAGUGGUGCAUUUCAGGCCAUUCCAAGUUUGCAACACUGAUAUUUCUGCAUUGUCUUUUUAGCAUGUUAACCACCACUUUACCAUCUAUGAUCUGAGCAGGGAGAUAAAAUCACAAACUUUAACGUGUGCAGAAGGGUAUUGAUCAUAAAAAAUGAAGUUGUUUUUUUUAAUAAUUUUUUUUUAAUAUGAAUGAUGGAUAAGUACAAUAAGCAGAACAAUGAAGGGCAAACCACAAGAGUAUCACACUUUGCGAAAGAGAACAUUACUUUUGGAAAUUUAUUUUUUUCAUUAAAAAAUGUACAGUGAAAUUUACUUGAGCUCAUUAAUUGAGCUCAUCAGAUUCUGAAUGAUCCAAUGGGGUGAUAUGCUAGGCAGUGGCAAGCAUACAGCAGUGGUAGGAGUGCAGCAUGUAUAGGCAAACUUGAAAUUUGCUGAAAAGCACCACUGUGACUUAAUAAACUAAGCAUACAAAACCACUGAAGCGAGACCAAUGAUUUAUUUUUUUAUAGAAUUUAGGACAUGAGAUGAGCUACCUAUUACUAUAUAUUUAAGUGGGAAUAGUUAUCAAUUUCUUAAUUAAUUCAGCCGUAUCAGAGGGAAAUUUUUUUGGGGACGCGCUGUAUAGAUACGCGCAGGAGCCAAAAAAUGCAUAAUCUUCCGAUAUAUAUUACGUUUAUUUUUGUAAAUGGUGUACUUAACCCUCAGAAGAUUGGGCUACUUUGACGCUUAAGAAUACUGAGAAUAAGAAUAAUGAACUAAAUAACGGUUCUAAACUGCUAUUUUUCUUCAUAGACUUUUGGCAGGAUUCUGAGCAAAUAUAUCUGAAAUAAUGAUAUCGAUUUUUUUCUAACGUAUUUCAUUGCUUUUUAAUUUUAUGUAUUUCCAUGUUUUACGACUUUUUUUUAAAUUGUUUUUUGGUAUAAAUCAUCGGCUUCUAUACUUUGAACAUAAGGAAGAUGAAAUUGAUCGAGUUUAACCGGCAAAUAUAAAAAUAAUGAUAGAUUAAUGAAUUUUGGCUAAUAACACAAUUUGCAUUGGAUUUGUACAUAAAUUCACGAUUUUGAGCAAUUUUGUGUCUGCGUAAUUUUGGAAGCGCAAUUUAAAAGUUGCGCAAGACUUGAAAGGAAAAGGUCAGUGAGCAGCGUGAUCAAAAAAUUUUGCGCUGCAGAUUUAUGGCGAAGAAUGUCGAGGGGGGGGGGGGGCUGAAUUAGGCCCCCAGUCUUAUUAGAGUUUAGCGUGUUAAGAACCAAUUGAUGUAGUUGGAACUUUUUCUCAUUAGAUGAUAUUAUAGCAGGUAAGGUACUUUAUCAUUAAGGAAGUGCAACUAUAUUACGUUAAGUUUAUUAUGGGAAAAUUAUUUUAACGGUCAUGUGUCAAAUAUGUUACGAUAUCAGUUGCGUCAACAAAUGAGUUUUCACAUUCAUUCUAGAUUCGAUCUUUCUUUUAUUACUACAAAGGUUAACAAAAUAAAAAAAUAUCUUACAUAUC